CAGCCGCUCUUACAAGCAUCGCAUAGUACGCGUAGUUGCCGCGUUCGCAGGGUGCGCUAGUGUUUCUCCCUUGUGGACUUCCUAACCUAACCUAACCUACCCCUACCCCUACCCCGUGGCAAUAUCCCUUCAGUCGGCGAUCUCUUACCCCCUCCAGUCGGCAGAGUUCCCUCGCCGUCGCGGUGUACAAGCAGCGCGAGACGUGCAGCUGCCACAUUGAGCCGAAGUGCGGGAAGUCGCGAGACGCGCGUCGACGCCGUUGCUUGUCCUGUCGCGUUGUUGUCUAUCAGGCAAGCUGAUCGCGCUGGUCACUCAGUCAUUGCAUCGCUUUGCCUCAAAGUUUGAAAGUUACCUCUUUGGACUGUUGAUACACCGGCGCGACUGUAGCGCGUGACGUACGCGCCGUCGUCGGCGCGGUGGAACGACAAAGACAGCAGAUAGACAGACAGACAGACAGACAGACAGAGACAGAGAGAGAGAGAGAGAGAGGGAGAAACAGAGAGAGAGAGAGAGAGAGAAAGAGAGAGAGAGAGGGAGGGAGAGAGAGAGAAAGAAAGAAAUAGACAGCGGUCCUUUGUUUCACGCAAGUUCACGUCACGUUCUCGCCGGCGGUAUUCUCUCUCUCGCGCUCGCGCUCGCGCGCGCGCGCACACGCACACGCAUACGCACACGUGUGUGCAGCAAGACACGAUCUGCGAAACGCGACGCGCUGUCAGCAGUCGAUUUACCUGUGUAUCAUCUAUACGUGCUACCUACCCCACGGUGACCUUGAACUUGUGUGUGUACGCAUAUAUGGAAAGUGUAUACAUGUGCUUGUGCUUAUUUCAUCGGCGACCACGCGUUCUCUCUUCUCUUUCUGCCUCCGCCUCCGCUUCUCUCUAGUCUUCUCUCUCUCCGCAAGACGAUAGCCGUGGCUGAAGAGAGAACCGAGGGAAGUGUGAGAGAGGCAGACUGGAGAAAAAAGCAGAGAAAGGGAAGACGACCGAAGCUAGUGACAGGAAGGAGUGCGUCAGGCUGCCGAAAGUGAACGCGAACGAGCAUGUUUCCCUACGCUACCUUCCCGGCAGUUGGCGCCGGCAUGGAGGCGACGAACGGCACGAUCGAGCACGACUUCCACAACACGUUGAUGCCGAUAAACGGUAGCCACUCGGGCAGCUCCGGCAGGAGUACACCCAACGGCGGCGACCCGGCACCGGGGAAGCUCUUCGUGGGCGGCCUCUCUUGGCAGACUAGCAGCGAGAAGCUGAAGGAGUACUUCGGCAUGUUCGGCACCGUCACCGACGUCCUCAUCAUGAAGGAUCCGGUUACGCAGCGUAGCCGCGGUUUCGGCUUCAUCACGUUCGCCGAGCCCGGCAGCGUCGACAAAGUCCUCAAGUGUCCCAUCCACACCCUGGAUGGCAAGAAGAUCGAUCCGAAGCACGCGACCCCGAAAAACCGCGCGAAACAGGCCAAUCGCACCAAGAAGAUCUUCGUAGGCGGUGUCAGCCAGGACACCAGCAGCGACGAGGUGAAGGCCUACUUCAAUCAGUUCGGCAAGGUGGAGGAGACGGUGAUGCUGAUGGAUCAGCAGACGAAGCGCCACCGCGGCUUCGGCUUCGUCACGUUCGAGAACGAGGACGUGGUGGACCGGGUCUGCGAGAUUCACUUCCACACGAUCAAGAACAAGAAGGUCGAGUGCAAGAAGGCGCAGCCGAAGGAGGCGGUGCAGCCUUCGGCGCUCGCCCUCGGCAAGAGGGUAGUGCUGGGCGCGCUCGGUGUGCGGCUCGCGCCGCAGCCGCCGUUGCCGGUCGCGGCGGCCUCGCAGAUCGUAGCCGCGCAGGCCCAAGCCCAGGUGCAAGCGGCCGCGGCCGCGGCGGCGGCGGCGCAGGUGCAGAACGCGGUGGCCGGCUACAGCAAGCUCUUCGCCGGCGGUUAUCCGGCGCUCUCGGCGUAUCGAUACGCGCCGUACCCGAUACCGGCGGCGGCGGUCGCCGCCGCCGCCGCAGCGGGGCCGACACCCGCACCGGCACCACCCGCUGCCGCCGCGGCGGCCGCGGCCGCGGCGGCGGCGUCUCCUGCGGCCGCCGCGGCGCCUGGCAAUCCUUACCAGGGCUAUUCGCUCACCAACGUCGAUAUGUCGAGCUUCCAGGGCGUCGACUGGGGUUCCGUCUACGGGAUGGGGAUGUACGUUUAAGUAAGGGGGCGUCGCGUCUGCCGGUGAACCCGCGAGCUUUUUGGAGUCGUGCAUACGCAUACGUAGACUUGUAUGUAUGUAUAUGUAUAUAUAUAUGUGUGUAUAUAUAUAUAUAUAUACACACACGUACGCGCAGGAUUGGAGAGAAAUGUCCGAAAGAGGACAUAUUACACGUUUGUCGAUUCCACACGGGACUACCGGCUGGGAACGACGUGCCGGCGUACGCGGACGACGUAACGACGUGACGAUAAGCUCAGACAAGGCGGCAGACACACCUCUCCGUUGAUGUUUUCGACUGUCCUUUUACCUAGUAUUCGUCUCGUCCCGUCUCGUCGCGCCGAGGAGAGCCACCUUCACUAGCGGGAACUGGAUACUCCGAUAAACUUUCGUCGUCGAGUAGGAUCAUCAUCACGAUGGGGCGCAUCAGUGAGACGAGAGUGAAGAAGUGAAGAAUGUACCGUGAAUAUCGGGAAAAGAAAGAAAUAAAAAGCAAGCUAUGAGAGUAAGAGAAUUGGAAUUGUUUGGACACUGGAGAGAAGAGAGGAACGAGCCGCGCGACACGCGAAAAUGGGAAUUCUCUGCGCACGAUGACGAACGGGGACAACGCGCCAAGAGGAUAAGGAAGAUAGAAGGAGGAAGAAAGGUACUUCAGGAAGAGAGAAAGAGAGAGAGAGAGAGAGAGAGAGGGAAAGAAAGGCGGUACAAGAGAUUCGGCGUGAUCACAUUCGAACGCGACAUGUGUAGUCGGGUCACCCUUAAAUGGACAUAUCGAGCGUAAUCGACAUGUAACUUUUGCGUUCUGCGGAUAUUCCCCCUCUGUUUGUCACGCGUUACUUAAUUUAUAUUCACGACCACUGCAUCAGCGUAUCAGCCGAGCGUAUACACGUACACACGCGUCGUAUGUUACCGUGUAUCAUCGAUUGAUUUGCUUUCGACAAGACUUGUGCUUUUGUUUCUUUUUUGUUUUUUCUUUUCCUUAGGUUUUUUUCGUUUCGUUUUUUUUUUCUUUUUUUUUUUCAUAUUUUUUCCCUCAUUAUGUCGAGUCAUUAUUGCGUUUCAGCACAUCCUUGGUUCCUAUUUAGAUUAACGCGUAUAAUAGUAUUACGCAUUAGGAUCGGAAUCAGAUACACACGCCACCUAUAUACCUGUAUAUAUCACAUCACACGUACUUGAACAGAGAGAGAGAGAGAGAGAGAGAGAAAGAGAGAGAGGGGGGAGGGGGAGUAGACAGAGAAAGUGCGAGAGACGCGUGCGCGGGUAUCGCGCGCGCCGUAUCCAACGUCGCCGCACCCAACGUUAAUCACCGAUUAAUUAACGCGAUCCAUUAGCGGCGGUGCUCAUUUCGCGAUACGCCUGAGCGGCUGCCCUCUUCUUCUCGCCACGUUCCCAGCCACGGCCGUGUUUCCUCGGUCACGAAGCAAUAAAAGAGGGAGCGCGGCGAGAAAGAGCGGCAGACGGUCGUGGAGCUUGCUACCAUCGACAACGACGACAAUGACGUCGUUCCAAAGUUCUAUCGUUUCCCUCGCUCCUUGCCUUCAUAUCCUUCGUUACCACCUGUACCUUCGCGGUGCUGAUUCUCUCCAGCAACAAUGCAAUCGCGUCGCGAGGUUUGCUCUUUAUAGCUGCAUCGAGUUGUGCUUCUUUAGUUCGAAGCGAAGAAGAAUAACAAGAUUCUUGACACUUGAUGCAAGAGAGAGAGAGAGAGAGAGAGAGAGAGAGAGAGGAAGGUAAACAAGAUGGUUGAGAAAUAUGCGGCUGUAAAGGUCAAUCCUUCAGUAUAUGACCCCCUCGGUCGUCGGAUCAGCGAAAGCGCCGCGUGACGUGUCGAGGAAGACUCGAGGAAGAAGAACUCGGAUGAAGACUGCAGCGAAUCGUAGCGAAAACAGACUAACAGCACUGGAAAUACUCAGGACUCGCGGCCGCGAGUCGUCAAGUGCCAAAUGACCUCGAAAGAAGAGGGAUCGCACUUUAAACAGCCAAAACGCUUAUUUGUUCUGGUUUUCAGAGUGACUCCUCGGGGUCGAAGGAAGAGAAGGAUCUUUCGGCCCCGAGGCUCAAAAGUUUCCUUCCGACUCGUGUUGUUUCUAGAUUUCAAACGACAACGACGACUACGACGACGACGACGACCACUCGACGACUUGACGACAUCAUUUACCGUCGAUCCUCCUCGUCGCGUCGCGACCAGACGCUUCCGCCCGUCGUUCCCGAGCGAGCUCGCGUCUCUCGUCUUUCCAGAGGCAACAGGUCACAAUCCCCGCGGUUAUGCUUCGGCUGUCGUGCGCGGGAUCCGCGGUCGGGUUAGGCUCUCUCGAUAUCGCGAGCAUAUUGUGUGAGCGAGAUUACGCUCAACAAAUACGGAGCAACGCGUAUAUAAUUGUAUAUACGUGUUAACUAUGUAUAAUGCGUAUAAGUUAUUGUAACGUGUAGCAUAUAACAUACACGUACACGUACAUAUACAUAUACAUACUACAUAGUAUACAUAUACAUAUAUAUAUAUAUAUACACAUACAUACAUAUAUUUUUCUUCAAAUAAUCGAAGACAAUAUUUCUCCGCUCUCCAUCGCGUUAAAUAAGACUUCAGCAACCCGCUGCGUGGGCGUGAAAUCGCGCGCGCACGUCGGGAUUGCGUGUAGCUGUUAAGGCUUGCGCGUAGGAAACUAUUACACAACAGCAUUAACCAUGCGAUAAUACGCGAUCGGCGUCGCUGACUCUUAAUGAGAGAGAAGGAGAGAAAGAGAGAGUUGAUAAUUAAUAACGUUUUAACGAGCUCUCCUAAGAGAGAGCAAACAGAGAGACAUUACGGUCAUUUUACUUAAACCAGUACUCGUGCACACAUUCAC